AUGACUCUGAUCUGCAUCCUCAUCUGGACUCUCCUUUGCUGCUGCUUCACAGGUAAAUCCAGAGGUCAGAUCACAUUGACUCAGCCUGGAUCAGUGCCUUCUGCUCUGGGAGACUCCGUCCCCAUCAGCUGUAAAACCAGUCAGGGUGUUGCCCAUUCCAACUAUUUAGCCUGGUACCAACAGAAAGAUGGAGGAACUCCUAAACGUCUCAUUUAUUAUGCUAGCAGGAGACAAUCAGGAACACCAAGUCGUUUUACAGGCAGUGGAUCAAACUCUGACUUCACUCUGACCAUCAGUGGAGUUCAGGCUGAAGAUGCAGCAGUUUAUUACUGUCAGAGUCUUCACUGGAUCAAUAGUCAGGUUGUGUUCACACACACCCCGGGGCUCCUGCUCUCCUCCCAGCUGCUGCUGCUGCUGCUGCCGUCCACCUUCCAGGACAGACUCCAGUCUGAGGGGAAGCCCUUGUUGGCCAGACACAUGAGUGUGGCCGUCCCCUGCUGCAGCUCCCCACUGGACAGGACUCUGUCCUUCAUGACAACAGAAGACCCAGAAAUCCUCCUCAUCAAAAACAUGACUCUGAUCUGCAUCCUCAUCUGGACUCUCCUCUGCUGCUGCUUCACAGAGUCCAGAGGUCAGGGCACAGUGACUCAGCCUGGAUUAGUGCCUUCUGCUCUGGGAGGCUCCGUCCCCAUCCGCUGUAAAACCAGCCAGAAUGUUCGUGACUCCAACUAUUUAGCCUGGUAUCAACAGAGAGAUGGAGGAACUCCUAAACUGCUCAUUUAUGCUGCUACCACCAGACAAUCAGGAACACCAAGUCGUUUUACAGGCAGUGGAUCACACUCUGACUUCACUCUGACCAUCAGUGGAGUUCAGGCUGAAGAUGCAGCAGUUUAUUACUGUCAGAGUGAAUUCUACAUCAACAGUCAGUUUGUAUCACUGUGGUACACGUUCGGUGGAGGAACCAGACUGGAAGUUAACUUCCCCCCCUCCCUGACAGUCCUGUCCAGUGGGGAGCUGCAGCAGGGGACGGCCACACUCAUGUGUCUGGCCAACAAGGGCUUCCCCUCAGACUGGAGUCUGUCCUGGAAGGUGGACGGCAGCAGCAGCAGCAGCAGCUGGGAGGAGAGCAGGAGCCCCGGGGUGCUGCAGGAGGACGGCCACUACAGCUGGAGCAGCACCCUGAGACUCCCUGCAGACCAGUGGACCAAGGUGCUCUCUGUGACCUGUGAGGCCACCCAGGGCUGCCAGACUCCAGUCUCAGAGACCCUGAGGAGAGACCAGUGCUCCCAAGUCAGAGAGCGUGUCUCUCUGCAAUCAGAGGUUUUUGUACGACGGUUUCAUCAGUUUGUAUCACUGUGGUGGACUUUUGGUGGAGGAACCAGACUGGAAGUUAACUUGGGCCGAGUCCCCCCCUCCCUGACAGUCCUGUCCAGUGGGGAGCUGCAGCAGCUGACGGCCACACUCAUGUGUCUGGCCAACAAGGGCUUCCCCUCAGACUGGAGUCUGUCCUGGAAGGUGGACGGCAGCAGCAGCAGCAGCAGCUGGGAGGAGAGCAGGAGCCCCGGGGUGCUGCAGGAGGACGGCCACUACAGCUGGAGCAGCACCCUGAGACUCCCUGCAGACCAGUGGACCAAGGCACUCUCUGUGACCUGUGAGGCCACCCAGGGCUGCCAGACUCCAGUCUCAGAGACCCUGAGGAGAGACCAGUGCUCCCAGUCCUGACCUGACUCCCUGGGACUCUCAACCUGCUUUUACUCUUCUACUUCUC